CGAGUCCCGUGGCCCCACGUGGGAGCCUCGCGCUCCCAUUGGCCGACGCUAGGCGAAGCCGCCACAUUAUUUUGUUACUUUUCAGUCCCUAUUUGGAACUGCUCUCGCGGCAGUUCAGACCUCGUGCUCGGCCCCCUUCGCCUGUCUGUGUGUGGUAUCCGCAGGUCCGAGGCACUUUUUGUGUGUGUGUGUGCGUGCGUGUAUGUGUGUGUGUUGAGUGCGUGUGUUUGGGGGGUUUGUCCGGGCGCGGAGAGGAGAGCCAGGCUGAGAGGAAGCAAAGAAGCCGCAGAGCUCCCGGGCUCGGGCUACGUCUUCCCCUCCGUGCUCUCCAGCCUGCGCGCUCCGAGGCGGCAGGGACGCCGACCGCUCCUCGCCAGGGACGCUGACGCUCUACUUGGGAGCAGAGAGGACCCCUUCGCCGAGGCUUCUCAUGCCCGCUGGAGUUAGGAUGCCAGGGCGCAUGAUUUGUACCGACUGAGCCCGGAGUUCCUCCUCGGCCCUGGGAAGGGCUGGCGGCGGCGACAGGAGCAGAAGGAACAGCAGGCUCUCCUCUCCGAGGGGGGGCGUCGAAGCGCCCUCGCUGGGCUGCAACCCUCACCCUCGGUCCUCAAGCCGUCACCUCGGUGGCCUGCCUCCUUUCUCUUCUCGCUGCGAAUUCCGGGCCCGGCCACCUCUGGGACCCGACCCACGCGCCCCGGAUGCUCUGGGCUGCCCAGACGCGCCCCCCUUCAGCCUCAUCGUGCUGAGUGACCAGCGAGGGGGCAGGAGGAUCCCCCCCUCCCCGGCCUCGGGAUCCCGCACUGGAGCCACCAGGGAGCCGACGAUGUCCGCACAGCCCCGGCUUCUGACACUGUCCACGCAGCCGGGGGAAGGCGGCUGGCCGAAGCUGGCCGAGCCCUAAGCGCACAAAGCGCGAGCCCGCCGACGACUUUGCCGCUUGCUCCGCCGCUCUUUGUCUGCACUUGGGGCGCACGCCCGACUCUGGGAUUUCGCUGCGAGAGCGGGCUGGGGGGGGCUGGGGCGAGCUCUCGGUUCCCCGGCCGCCCCCCGCUCGGGCUCGCCUCCCCCCUCCCCCGCACAUCCCCGGCUCGGGCUCUCGGCGCUUCCAAGCUCUCGGAAUCGCGACCCCUCCCUGCCAUGUAUCCGCAAGGCAGACAUCCGGCUCCCCAUCAACCUGGGCAGCCGGGAUUUAAAUUCACUGUGGCCGAGUCCUGUGACAGGAUCAAAGACGAAUUCCAGUUCCUGCAAGCUCAGUAUCACAGCCUCAAAGUGGAGUACGACAAGCUGGCGAACGAGAAGACGGAGAUGCAGCGCCAUUAUGUGAUGUACUAUGAGAUGUCCUAUGGCUUGAACAUUGAAAUGCACAAACAGACAGAGAUUGCAAAGAGACUGAACACAAUUUUAGCCCAGAUCAUGCCUUUCCUGUCCCAAGAGCAUCAGCAGCAAGUGGCGCAGGCAGUGGAACGCGCCAAGCAGGUCACCAUGACGGAGCUGAACGCCAUCAUCGGGGUACGUGGACUCCCCAAUCUGCCUCUCACCCAGCAACAACUCCAGGCACAGCACCUCUCCCAUGCCACGCAUGGUCCCCCGGUCCAGCUGCCACCCCACCCGUCAGGCCUCCAACCUCCUGGGAUCCCCCCAGUGACAGGAAGCAGCUCCGGGCUGUUGGCACUUGGUGCCCUGGGCAGCCAAGCCCACUUGGCGGUGAAGGAUGAGAAGAACCACCAUGAACUGGAUCACAGAGAGAGGGAGUCCAGCGCGAACAAUUCAGUAUCACCCUCAGAAAGCCUCCGGGCCAGUGAGAAGCACCGGGGAUCUGCAGACUACAACAUGGAAGCCAAGAAGCGGAAAGCAGAGGAGAAGGACAGCCUGAGUCGAUACGACAGUGACGGUGACAAGAGUGACGACCUGGUGGUGGAUGUCUCCAACGAGGACCCAGCGACGCCUCGGGUGAGCCCAGCACACUCCCCUCCUGAAAAUGGGCUGGACAAAGCUCGUGGCCUGAAGAAAGACGCCCCCACCAGCCCGGCCUCGGUGGCUUCUUCCAGUAGCACACCGUCCUCCAAGACAAAAGACCUUGGUCAUAAUGACAAAUCUUCCACACCUGGGCUCAAAUCCAACACACCAACGCCAAGGAACGAUGCCCCAACUCCAGGCACCAGCACGACCCCGGGGCUCCGGUCAAUGCCAGGCAAACCUCCAGGCAUGGACCCGAUAGGUAUAAUGGCCUCGGCCCUGCGCACACCCAUCUCCAUCACCAGCUCCUACGCGGCACCCUUUGCCAUGAUGAGCCACCAUGAAAUGAAUGGUUCCCUCACCAGCCCGAGCGCCUACGCCGGCCUACACAACAUCCCUCCCCAGAUGAGUGCCGCCGCCGCUGCUGCAGCUGCCGCCUAUGGCCGAUCGCCAAUGGUGAGCUUUGGAGCUGUUGGUUUUGACCCUCACCCCCCGAUGCGGGCCACAGGCUUGACCUCAGGUCUCGCCUCCAUUCCUGGAGGGAAACCGGCAUACUCCUUCCAUGUGAGCGCCGAUGGGCAGAUGCAGCCUGUGCCCUUCCCCCAUGAUGCGCUGGCAGGCCCCGGAAUUCCCAGGCAUGCCCGGCAGAUCAACACGCUCAGCCACGGGGAGGUGGUGUGCGCGGUGACCAUCAGCAACCCCACCCGUCACGUCUACACGGGUGGAAAGGGCUGCGUGAAGAUAUGGGACAUCAGCCAGCCCGGCAGCAAGAGUCCCAUUUCCCAGCUGGACUGCCUGAACAGAGAUAACUACAUCCGCUCGUGCAAGCUUCUCCCUGAUGGGCGCACGCUCAUUGUGGGCGGCGAGGCCAGCACGCUCACCAUCUGGGACCUGGCCUCGCCCACACCCCGCAUCAAGGCUGAGUUGACUUCCUCAGCUCCAGCCUGUUAUGCCCUGGCCAUCAGCCCUGAUGCCAAAGUGUGUUUCUCCUGCUGCAGCGAUGGGAACAUUGCAGUGUGGGACCUGCACAACCAGACCCUGGUCAGGCAGUUCCAGGGCCACACAGAUGGGGCCAGCUGUAUAGACAUCUCUCAUGACGGCACUAAGCUAUGGACCGGGGGCCUGGACAACACCGUGCGCUCCUGGGACCUGCGUGAGGGACGUCAGCUGCAGCAACACGAUUUCACCUCCCAGAUCUUCUCCCUGGGCUACUGCCCCACUGGGGAGUGGCUGGCCGUGGGCAUGGAGAGCAGCAAUGUGGAGGUCCUGCACCACACCAAGCCCGACAAGUACCAGCUGCACCUGCAUGAGAGCUGCGUGCUGUCCCUCAAGUUUGCCUACUGUGGCAAGUGGUUUGUGAGCACUGGGAAAGACAACCUUCUCAAUGCCUGGAGGACGCCUUAUGGAGCCAGCAUCUUCCAGUCUAAAGAAUCCUCAUCUGUCUUGAGCUGUGACAUUUCAGCGGAUGACAAAUACAUUGUAACAGGCUCUGGUGACAAGAAGGCCACAGUUUACGAGGUCAUCUACUGAACAAGGACUCUAACAGGCCUGUCAAACUCUGGGAGACACCCACGCGGCCCUGACAGGGAGACGCUGGCCAGGCCCCCCGAGGAUGGCAGAGGAAUGGGGGAGCAGCAUUGUGGGGCUGCCCUCCAGAAGGCGGAGAGGACGCACGCCCCGUCGUGGAUUGAUGUGUCUGACAGACUUGACGGGCUUUCUCUCCUCCCCCUUACCCAUGCUGGCAGAUACUGCAAAUAGAUUUAUCUGGAGGCUUCUGCUUCC